AUGUCGACGACGGCGGUCAAAAAAAUAUCAGUCAAAGAGUGAGUAUUCCAUUUUUUUUUUUAGGGUCAGAAUUUUGACGUUCAGAAAAGAGUUAUCCGAACGGCAGACGCCAUGGAAAUCCGUGUACGUCGUCGCGUUUCUUCUGCUUCUGAUCGGUCUUCAAAUGAGCAUUUAUUUCACUUCCACGUGGCAAUAUUUGUCUGAAGUAUGUUUCAUCGUAGUCUAUCCUGCCACUUUAUCGUAAAACUAUAAUAGAAUUGCAUUCCCCCCAUUUCAAAACCUUCAAGACUAUACCGUGUUUUUUCACAACAAUGUAUCUCAGCUGUCUGUAAAGAUAUCGAAAAGUUGUCAACGAAUAAAUUGUUCAUUAAAACAUUUUGUACAUUUUAUCUGUUGAUCACGUUUUGGUAUCUUUACAGACAACUGAGAAAUAGUGUCCCGAAAAAGAGCUACAAUAUAACACGAGGAGUGUGUACAUAAGACAAGCUAUCUCAGCUGUAUGUAGAGAUAUCUGAAAGUUGUCAACUGAUAAAUUGUUUAUUGCAAAAUUUUAUACAAUUUACCAGUUGACCACUUUUAAAUAUCUCAACUGCCAGCUGAGACAUAUAGUUUUGAAUAAACGAGUAGGCUUCCGCGCUAUUGUAAAACUACAAAUCGGUGACGUUCAAGCCAAAGAUCGUAUUCAGAACGAUGAAACGGUCACUGUGGACUUCUUCGGAGCGCUUCUGGCCCUUCAGGCCCUCUCCUCGGCGUUUGCGAAUCCACUUUUCGGCUUCUGGAACCAAGUAUCCAGUUCCACGCGGAGACCGGUGUUCUGCGCGUUCGGCGUGGCCACCAUCGGCAAUUUGAUCUACGGUUUUUCGUAUUUGGCACCUCCGUUCGUCAAAUGGGUCAUGUUAUUCGCGAGGAUUCUCACUGGAUUCAGUCCCGGCGCACUUGGAGUGCUCCGAAGUUUUAUCGGAACGGCUAGCACGAAGGAGGAUCGAAUGAAGGCGGUUUCGAUAACAAAUUCCGGAUUUACAGCCGGAUUCUUCCUGGGACCCACUAUUCAGGUACGUUUGGCAACCAGUGGGUGGUUGCAAAGCGUCUUUCAUUACAGAUCUGCUUCAUUCCACUCGGAAAAGAGGGCGUCUAUCUCGGCCCGUUCCUCCUGAACAUGUACACUUCGGCGGCACUUUUCAUGACGCUCAUCUCGAUUUUCUCAAUUCUCCUAACCUAUAUCUGUCUGGAAGAGAACUACGUGGGCAUCAUCAGCCAAGAGGAGAAGACCUCGAAUCCCUAUUUUGUGCUGCCAAAGUUCGACCGUCUUCCGGUGUUGCUUCUGUUCUACAUGUGGUGGCUCAUGUGUGGCGUCGUGUGCGUCGAGAGCAUGUCCGCGCCCGUCACAAUCGCCAUGUACAACUGGAGCCGUGAAGACGCGGUCCUUUAUAACGGAAUCGUCCAGACCGUCUCCUGCGUCUUCACUUUCUUCAUCAAUUUCAGUCUGGCCUCGACGCGACUCAAAGAAAUCGACAAUCGGAUUCUGAUGCUCAUCGGGCUCGUCUUCUUCGAGGCCUUCUUCAUUCUCCACAUGCCUCUGCCCUUCUACCCAGGACCUUUGGACCGUCCGUCCGCGCUCAAUACGACCGCAAUCAUCGGAAAAUGUGAAUUUGAGUGGUGCGACAGUACUCCGCGAGUACCCCUCCCACUCUAUCUCUUCAUUUCUUCCGCUAUCAUCGGCCUCGGAUUUCCGUUGAUUUCAUCCACUUCCAGCUCUUUGUUGAGCCAAAUUAUUGGUCCGAGAAAACAGGUAAAAUGGGCCAUAUGUAAGCACGUUUUGAGGAAAGAAAGGUUUUAGGGUACUGUACAAGGAUUCUUUGCGUUCACCGGAUCAUUUUCACAAUUUGUGGUAUCACUAUUCUCCACGUGAGUUAUUGGAGGGUUGUAAGUAAAAAAUGAGCGCCCAAACUAGUAGUAUACCGCUGAAUAGAGCGUCAGAAGUUACAUAGUAAAAACAUGGCAAUGGACAAGCAGUGGCCACUGCGACCAAAAGUGUAGAAAGGGGCGUGGCCAAAUCUGAGACGCGUUUUCUGAAAAUUGCCGCAAUUCCAGCACUUUUCCGAUGAUUUUUGUGUUUGAUAUCGACGAAAGAAGAGACAUUAAAGAGAGAAAACAUUGAAAUUUUCGUGAAAACGCCGUGUUUGACACGUUUUUGGCAUAUUUCGCAAUACGCCCUCCGCCGCAAUUUCGGAAUUUUCAUACCGGCCGAUGUGGAUAGUUUUGAGACGAAGUGAGUGUCGGAAGUGAUUAAGCACGUUAAUACAAGUAUUUUAAGCGUUCAAACGGCAAAAAGUAUCGGCGAAUGACUGAAAUUCGCGCAUUUUCAGCACAAAACUUGAAAAUCGAUUCAAUUGAUUGAAUUUCUGAAUGAAACCUGCUCGUUUUAAGCUCAAAAUUGCGCGCAAUGAUUAGUUUAUUAACAAAGUUAUGCAAUUACAUCGUCGUCGUACAAAAUCGUACAAAAAUUGUGUAAUUUUUGACGAAAAACGUGAAAAAUGGCGUUAAAUUUCGAAUUUCGCGCCAAAAUGGUGUCAAAACCGUGCACGCGCUAGGCCACGCCCCUUUCUACGUUUUUGGUCGCCGGGAUUGUGAUGAAAUUUACAAUUCCUCAACGUUUCUCAUAGUCUUUUACUGAUAUUGAACACAUUUUCAAUCAUCCGGUGCCGCUUCAACGUCCCUGCACUCAUUGACAUUUCAAAAAUUUGCAGACGACUUUUCGAGUUGAGCGGCUACAAAUGGAUAAUGGUCUACCACUGGUGCAUCGUCACAAUCGCCGCCUUUUCAGUGCUUUUGCUCUGGCGACGUCUCGUUCCGCUGCAAAUCACGCCCACGCACGGAGAAGCGACCCGCUACAAACUGGGCACAUUCUACCGAAUGUAG